AUGGAUGAAUCAGAGCAAUUAGAUCAGAUAAUAUUCGAUACUAUUAUCCCCUUACCUUACAGGAUUCUAUUCCUAAUUCAAUUGGGGCAUCUCCUUUGGUACUUAAUAGUAUAUGGAUGUUAUAAGAUAAACAAUCUCAAUGUUUUACAGUUAAUAAACUUAUCAUAUUCAAGCCAUAACUACCCUCAACUAGGUGAUAAUUUGGAAGUGGGAGAAGAAGCUACUGUUAACGAGGCUGAUAUUCAAGAAAAUGACUUGCUUUUGAAAGGUAUUUGGUCAAACUUCAGAAUCAUCUCCGUUAAUACCAUCAUUUCAUACAUUAUCUUCAAAAGUAUUCAGAUAAUCUUUGUUAAUGAGAAUGAUCAUGAUACCUUAAAGUUAUUAUACCAUUUGAUACCGCUUAUAACCAUGAUGGUGAUAUGUUAUAAGAUAUUUCAUAAUGAUGAUAGAAAAUCUAUUGGGAAAUUAAGGAUAUUUACUACCAUGAAGAGAAUCUUGACAGGAAACAUUAAUAGUUCCACUAUGAGAACCAACGAUAUCUUAAUCAGUGAUAGUUUGAUGUCUUAUUCUAAAGUUUUGAAUGAUAUAGGGAUAUUUAUAUGGCAUUAUUUCAUCAGUGAUGAAAUGCACUACAACGAAAUACUAGAAUUCUUGAUCUUAUGUUUACCUAGUUUGAUAAGAAUUAGACAAUGUUGGAAUGAAUUCGUUCUUACGGGAAGUAGGGCCCAUUUCUUGAAUCUUUUGAAAUAUGUUAGUGGUCUCAGUCCUAUAUUCAUCAAUUUCCUUAUCAAGUUCAAUAUUGAGCAAUGGGGAGAAGAUGAGGGAGCAGAGAAAGAUCAACAUUUACAGUUCAUCAAGACUUUGAACAUGAUCUGGUACUUUGCAUCAUUUGUAAAUUCUACUUAUUCAUUUAUUUGGGAUGUUAAAAUGGAUUGGGGGUUUGGGUGUUUUGAUGGAAUAGCUGCCAAAUUUACUGCCUCACCUUCCCCCACCAUUUCAACUCCAACUCCUACAAGUACCAGAAAUAUGGCCAAAUCAUUACUUUUCUUAAGACCUGAUCACCAAUUGAUCUAUUCCAAUAAGAUUAUCUAUUAUUUGGCCAUAGUGAUAGAUUUCAUCUUGAGAUAUUUAUGGGUUUUCAAGAUUGUCAUAAUACAUGAUGCCGAAAAUCUACCUGUGAUCACCAAAAUAGGACUUUUCCUUUUUGGAUACGAUGCAUUCUCUUUUGGAUAUUGUUUAAUAGAGGUUUUAGAAAUCUUAAGGAGGUUCAUGUGGUGUUUCUUCAAACUUGAAUCUGAUUGGUUCAAGUUAAAACCACAACCUAUAGAAUUGACUAAAUUUAACCAAUAA